GCCAUGUUGGGCAGCGGGGCCAAGGCGGCCAAGCCCUCCUUCGUGUCCUACAUCAGCCCGGAGGAAAUACACAUAAAGGAACCCAUAGAAAAGGAAGUAAAUCCUCACUUACUACCAGGUGAACUGCUGCUUUGCGAGGCAAGCACGGUAUACAAGUAUAUACAAGAAGAUGGGGCAAAUCGUGGCACCUAUGGGAAACUUGUGUGCACAAACUUCAAGAUUGCUUUCCUUGAUGAUGAUUCUACUUCAGAUGAUAAUGAGCCUCAAUUUAAGAAUAAGAUUGUAGGAGAAAAUGACAUAACCCUGCAAUGUGUAGAUCAAAUCUAUGGAGUUUAUGAUGAGAAAAAGAAACUUCUAACUGGACAGCUGAGAAAAUACCCGGAGAAGCUAAUUAUCUACUGUAAAGACCUUAGAGUAUUUCAUUUCUGCCUGAGAUACACAAAAGAAGAGGAAGUGAAAAGAAUCGUCAGUGGUAUAGUUCAUCAUAGCCAGACUCCUAAGCUGCUUAAACGCUUGUUUCUGUUCUCUUAUGCAUCAGCUGCCCCAAACAACACAGAUGGAAGAAACCAAACUGUGAUGUUUGAUACUCUUGAGGACUGGCGUGAUGAGUUGGAGCGGACCAAAGGGAAUGCGAAAUACAAAGCAGUGACUACAAAUGAAGGCUACAGAGUCUCUGAAAAGCUGCCUUUGUAUUUUGUUGUUCCCAUAUGCGUUUCUGAAGAGAGUAUCUUGAAGUAUGAAGGCAGAGGCAUUCCUAUUUGGUGUUGGUCUUGCCAUAACGGUGCUGCUCUUCUCAAAAUGUCUGCAUUUCCCAAAGAACAGGAUGACAGCACUUCACAAAUGCAAAAAGCCUUCUUGGAUGGAAUCUAUAAGACAAUUAGCAAACCUCCCUAUGAACUCCUGAAGAUGGAUGACUUGUCAAGCAGCCUUCCAUCUCUGCAAGAUAUCCAGACUGCAUAUGCAAGAUUUAAACAGCUGUUUUUGAUAGAUAACAGUACAGACUUCUGGGCAACUGAUGUGAAAUGGUUUUCGUUACUGGAGAGCACAAACUGGCUAGAGAUAAUCAGGCGAGUCUUGAGGAAAGCAAUAGAAGUUGCUGAGUGUCUGGAAAGACAGCAUACAAAUGUUCUCCUUAUAGAAGAGAGUGCUACUGAUCUGUGCUGUGUAAUCUCUAGUCUGGUCCAAGUGAUGAUGGAUUCAUACAGCAGAACAAAGUCAGGGUUUCAGAGCCUUAUUCAGAAGGAGUGGGUAAUUGGAGGACAUGGCUUUUUGGAUCGUUGUAACCACCUACAUAAAAGUGACAAAGAAGAGGCUCCCGUUUUUCUGCUCCUGCUAAAUUGUGUUUGGCAGUUGGUGCAACAGUAUCCUCCAGCAUUUGAGUUUACAGAAACUUAUUUAACUGUCUUGUCAGACAGCCUCUAUGUGCCAAUUUUUAGCACUUUCUUCUUCAACUCGCAACAUCAAAAAGACACUAAUACGAGUGGUGAAAGCCUGAAGACACAAAGCGGUCCUUUCAGAUUUCUUACUGUGUGGGACUGGUCUGUGCAGUUUGACCCCAAGGCCCAGGCUUUCCUGAACAACCCUCUUUAUGCAGAGAAGCCAAAACCAGAUAAAAGUCAACGGAAAACUACACGAUUCAAACAUCAGCGGCAACUUUCUUUGCCAUUGACACAAACAAAAUCUUCCACGAAGAGAGGAUUUUUCAGGGAGGAAACAGAUCAUUUAAUUAAAAACAUUCUGGGUAAAAGAAUUGGCAAGUUCAUAAAUUCUUCAGAUGAACCUCCUAAUAGCUUCAGGGAAUUUUAUGAUAGCUGGCAUAGUAAACCUGUUGACUAUCACGGUCUUCUGUUACCUCGCAUCGAUGGCCCUGAAAUCAAAGUCUGGGCACAACGGUAUUUACGAUGGAUUCCUGAAGCCCAGCUUCAUGGUGGUGGUACAAUAGCUACAGCUGCCAAGAUUUUGGACUUGAUGGAGGAAGUGCAAAGCUUGCAGGUGAAAAUGGAUGAAGAACGUAGUCAAGCUAUUUCCGGAGAUGUACAUUCUGUUCCAAUGCUGAGAAAUUCUGCCCGUUUGUCAUCCUUGUUUCCAUUUGCUUUACUCCAGAGACAGUCUAUCAAACCAGCUUUACCCACUAGCACCUGGAAAGACUUGGAAGAUGAAGAUGACUUGGUCAAGAGGGAUGAUGAAUUUGUUGAUCUAAGUGGUGAUAUGUCAUAAAGUGUAUAUAAAUUAAAGUAUGAAUUGUAUGUGGCUAAGCUCUGAGUUUUAAAUGUUGUGCUGUAUCCUCAUAUAAGGAAUUCACUCAAGCAUCUGCAGCCUGUUUAAUGGGUUUGUGGGGUUCAAAAAAAAAACCCUGGUUGGAAAAAACUGGUUGCCAUGAUUAACUGAGCAUAUUUUGAACUUCCAUUUCACCCUAACAGUAUUUAUUGUGGAAACACAUUUUUAGCAUAGAUGUAAUAAAAACAGUUGUCUAGGCUGGAGUAGCCUUAUGCCCACUUUGUUUAAAAAAGAAAAACAAACAACAAAAUCCCAUUAUUAUUUUCUGACAUAAAGGGGGAAUACUAAAUACAUACAGCAACAACCACUAUCUUAACAUAAAACCUCUUCCCCUUAUGCUAACAGUACUAGGAUUGGAAGUACUGUGAGUAGGAACUUAAUACAUCUGCAUUUCCCCCUUCUGUAAAAUGAACAGGGAAAGGUGCAACUAAACGUGCAUUCACAAAUAAUCUUUUUACAGCUGAGGAAUAAACUUGCAGUCACCAGGGGUUUUCUGUCUACUGUGGCAUCAACUGAAGUCAUGUGUUUGUCAACCUCAUCUUUUGUGACAGCAUUUGUCUUUGGCUUGCAGCACUUCACCUUGUGUGGUGUUACGAUAGCAGCUUGGCUGCUCUAAGCCUGUGCAUGCAUUUAGCUUAAGGAUCAGAUGCAAGAGCUUAACUACACAUUUCAAGUCUUAUAGUGUGGCUGCUGUGCUAGAUGCCCUUGCUGCCUUGGAAUAUUAAGUCCCAAAUGUUUGCUGUUAAUUGUAAGAAAUGGCCUGACUGUGAGAUUCUAAUUUGCCAUGAGUAUUCUUUCUCCUUUUAAUAGAGUGAGACUUUCAUUUUGACUUUCCCCAUUUAUGCCAGUUGCCUUUGAGGCUUUCUGUAGCUUGCACUGAGACCCUCCACAUAGAAGGGAAGACUCUCUUUCUGUAAUCCUGCAGCGAAGCUGGAUUUGCAGUCUGUUGCCACUUGUCAUGAGUUGGUGGUAGGGCUUAUGAAUGUGGCGUUCAUACCAUAUGAACACGUGCAUCCUGUUGCUGGAUGUUAUAACAGUACCUCAGUGAAAAAAGCCAUAAAGAAAUGCCUGUUGACUUUGAUCUACUGUGUGUAUGUUUAUAUAUAAAGUAUUUUUACUGCAAAUAAUCAUCCUUUGUAAAGCUGAAUAUUAUUUGACUGUCAAAUCUAUUUUGAACCCUUAAAUUCUAGAAUACCCCAAGAAUGGAUGCAAGUCAUAAAAUCAGUUACACUGAGAGGGUAGACGUUGAAUAUUUUCUCCAUUCUCAUACCAGUUUAGAAAUCCAUGCUGGAAAACUUAGCUGGUGGAGAAACUUGCUUAAACUGGAUCAGCUCAGUGUAAUCGGGGAUAUUAAACUGUGUUAUUGAUUAAUCACUUCACACUGAGUUGUAUUAAUAUGUAUAGCAAAAAUUUAUUCAGCAGCCCUCUCAAAAUAAAUUUUAGUAUGUUAAAAUAAAUGUAUUAAUGGGGAAGGAGGGACAGCUUAAUGCAACUAUGCCAAACUGAAGCUUCCCAACUCUUGAUUGCCUUAAGUCUUAGUAGUGCGAGGACAAUACUUGAGUUUGUAGCAUUUUAUUUAAAAAUAACACUAGUACUUACGCUUUCAUCUGUGAUACAUAUGAUCUUACAGCUAGCACUUGCUAGAAUGGGCUGUCCAGCACAUGUCCUUCAGACUUUAUUAUUGUAGUUCAAGUGACUCAUGUAUGCAAUAAUACUUUGCAUGUUGAAUGAGCAAUGCAUUUUUAUGGUGAAAAAAUACCUAUCAUUCUAAGGUCACUUGUGUUCAAGGGGUUUUUUUAAACACUGCGAUUAGAAAAAAUAUUAAAUGGAUUUUUCUAUACUUUUGAUCAAACUGUUGUAAUGUUUCAGUCAUGAAGAUUACAUAUUUAUAUUAAAGAACAGAUGUUGGACAUCUUAUUUGUACAUAAGUUAUCAGAAGUUUAUAUAGAAGAGAAACAUAUAUGUGGAAUUGAACAUGGGAACACUUCUAAUGUAGAGGAAAUACCAUUGUUAUUGGUUUUCUGCACUGUGGGAUUGAAAAUGUACUUAAUAUUUUUGCUCCAGGCUUCUGUUUAUACCUCCAAGUUUUUACACUGAAUGCGAGCUAGAAGCUUUACAGUUUUGGUUUUUUUAAUACUGUCAUUUCUCUCUAGUGGGCUGUUUGGAGAAUGUCAAUAAAAUAUACUUUGAUGUAUUU